CCUUCGAUAAAAGUUUAAAGAUUACGAUAACAAUUGUAUAAAUACAGACACUGGGCUGGCUCACGGCUAUUCGUUAUAGAUAAAUCCUCACAAUGAAGGGUUUCUUGGUUUUGUUCAGUAUCUUAGCUUUGAGCGCCGGGAUUAGGGGCGAGGAGGAGGUUUGCGGCCCCACCGACCAGGCCGCGUACCGCCCCUGCCCCACCCUCUCUCUCCCCUGUGUGAGGAACUACCUGCAGCUGCGCUCCGACUGCAAGCCCUUCAACUUUAACGAUGACAGGGACAGCUUCGUCUCCGAGCCCAUCGAGUUGGACGCCCCUGCCUUCAACCUGAGCGCCAUCCAGACCAACGUUAUUACCAAGAACUUGCGCCAGGUUAACAUUCUCGAGUUCACCAUCAACCCCGAGAAGGACCUGCUCGUGUUCGCCGUGGAGUACCUGAACCUGACUCUGGAGAACCACUACCACUACUCGUACUACCAGCCCGGAGAAGAACCCAAGCACUUCAAGGGAGUCGGCCACGAGACCUACCGCGAUCUGAACAUCACGACCUACGUCCACGGCAUCAACAACCCAGCCUGGGAGGACGCCAUCCACAUCCACUCUCUCAGCGAGAUCGAUUACACCAUUGAAAGGGAAUGCCUUGACAACGCUGACGGCGAGCUCGACCAGGUGCUCGCGGAGAUCAAGACCGGGAUCCUGACGGUCAUCCAGGAGGUGUUCCUGUCCCGGUCCGGGCCCAUCCAGGAGUACAUCAUCAAGAGGAACCUGUGCAACUACCACUAACUACUUUACUAUAUAGGGAAUAAAUACUUUACAAACUA